AUUGUGUACAGCAUGGAGGGACUAGUGUUGAUACCUGAUGUUACUACUGAGUUACCACGAUGGCGGUGCAAAGUUGUAGUGGUACAAAAACUUAAUACACAAGAAUCAAGGAGAACACCAGGAAAGAAAUAUAAACCCAUAAUAUUGGAGGAUGAGGCUGGUAACAAAGUGCAAGCAAUGUUGUAUGACAAAGACAUUGAUGGGACGAUUGAUAAAAGACUCGAGGUGUCUUCUACAUAUAUUAUAUCUAAUGCAUCGGUUAAAGCUGUCGUAGGUUUUACAAAUUUACCUGAUCCAAAGUACAUGAAUAUUUGGAAUAUAACGAGGAGUACUAUGAUUCAAAAACUUAGUCCUGAUGAGGCAAUUGACAUAUCUGGACAUGUCCAGGCUCAUCUGAGCCCAUUUCACCAUAUUUUUGACUAUUUUUUAUCUCGCCGACCAAUAAGUAAGUCAAUUCUUUAUUUCAUUGUCUUUUAGAUUUGUUUAGUUCC